AUGGCAGAAUUAGAUCAAGAGAUCAUCAGAGUCGACGAAGGAACGGGAAGAGAAAAUCAUGAAGCUGGGGAUGAUAUUCAAUCGAAUUGGAAUGCGAAUGUGCUUCAAGAACUGGUGAGCGUGGUGGAAAUGGCGGCUCAUUUCGGAGAUUACAGAAGGACUCAAAGGAAGGAAUGUUACAACCUCGUAAGAAGAAUGAAGCUCUUGUUGCCCCUUUUCGACGAGUUGCGAGAUCUCGAUUCGCCGAUUCCGGACAAGGAUAUAGCUUGCUUGUGUAAUCUCAAGAAGGCGCUUGUUAUGGCAAGAAAAUUGUUGAAGACUUGUAAUGAAGGAAGCAAGAUUUACCUGGCACUUGAAAGCGAAGCGAUCAUGGUUAGAUUUCAUACGAUAUUUGACAAAAUUUCUCAGGCGUUGGAUGAUUUUUCGUACGAAGAGCUUGGGAUCUCGGAUGAAGUUAAAGAACAGAUUGAGCUAAUGUCAAUGCAACUGAGACGAGCAAGGAAGCGAACAGACACACAAGAUAUAGAACUGGCAAUGGAUAUGAUGGUGGUAUUCUCCAAAAAAGAUGACCGGAAUGCUGACAGAGCCAUAAUAGAAAGACUUGGGAAAAAGCUUGAUCUACAUUCUAUUGAGGACCUUAAGAUAGAAACAAUAGUUGUGAGGAAUCUCUAUAGAGAAAAAGGAGGGCAAAAUGCAGAGAGUAUUCAACAAAUUAUUGACCUCCUUAACAAGUUCAGACAAAUAGCAGGCAUGGAAGAAACAAAUGUUAUUGACGACCCUGUCAUGCCUAAAAUGCUGACAAAAUCUCCAUCCUUGAUGAUCCCUCACGAAUUCCUCUGUCCAAUCACACUAGAAAUAAUGACAGAUCCUGUUAUUGUUGCCAGUGGACAGUCAUAUGAAAGAGAGAGCAUACAGAAGUGGUUUGAUUCCAAUCACAAGACAUGUCCAAAGAGCAGGCAAACUUUGUCCCACCUAUUGCUUGCGCCAAAUUAUGCACUAAAAAACCUAAUCUUGCAGUGGUCUGAGAAGAAUAAUUUUCAGCUCCCUACAAAGGACCUCCCACCAGGCCAUGAAAGCUACUCCUCAACAAGUCAAAAAGAGGAAAUCUCAUCCUUGGUUGAGCAGCUAUCAUCCAGUCACUUGGACUCACAGCGAAAGGCGAUCAAGAAGGUUCGGAUGCUCUCGAAAGAGAACCCCGAGAACCGAAUUCUCAUAGCAAAGAGUGGAGGAAUCCCACCAUUGGUGCAACUCUUAUCCUAUCCGGAUUCAAAGAUUCAAGAACACGCCGUCACGGCUUUACUGAACUUGUCCAUCGAUGAAGCCAAUAAGAAGAUCAUAGCUAGAGAAGGAGCCAUUCCUGCCAUAAUACAAGUCUUGGAGAAGGGAAAUAUUGAGGCUAGAGAGAACUCUGCAGCAGCCUUGUUUAGCUUGUCAAUAAUUGAUGAGAACAAAAUGAUUGUGGGGCUAUCAAAUGGAAUACCACCAUUGGUGGAUUUGCUUCAAAACGGGACAAUUCGGGGCAAGAAAGAUGCAGCCACUGCACUCUUUAACUUAUCCCUAAACCAAGCCAACAGGACCAGGGCCAUUUCUGCUGGCAUUGUGGCACCUUUGCUUCAGUUGCUUAAACACAAGAAUUUGGGAAUGGUUGAUGAGGCUCUCUCCAUCCUCUUACUCAUUGCGGCGCACCCCGACGGGCGGCAAGAGAUUGGGCAGCUCUCGUUCAUCGAAACUCUCGUCGACUUUAUCCGAGAAGGGGCCCCAAAGAACAAGGAGUGCGCAGCUUCGGUGCUGCUUGAGUUGGGAUCAAACAACUCAUCCUUCAUGUUGGCCGCUCUUCAGUUCGGAGUGUACAAGCAUUUGGUUGAUAUCACAAGGAGUGGGACCAAUAGAGGGCAAAGAAAAGCAAAUGCUAUUCUUAAACUCAUGAACCAGAGUGAGCAGAUUCCAUAA